GACAUCUGACAGGUGUUACUGUUACUGCUGGUACUUAUCUCAACAUUCUAUGGCAUUGCUAACGACCGCUUAGCUUUGAAUUUUGGGUGUGUUCGUGUGUUGUGAUAUCGCUGACAAGGAAUAAAUUUGUUGUUUUGAACAGUUACCCUGUCAUUGCAGAACCUCAUUUUAGUGAAUAAUAUCCACCAAGGAUGGGUGAUGAAAGUGGAAGCAGUACCAGAGCUGCAGAGCAAAGGUUACAAUUACUUCAAGAAAUGAGGUGCCAAAAUUUUGAUAUGAUAAGAUUUGCUUCUUACCGAACUGCGUGUAAAUUAAGAUUCAUCCAAAAGAAGUUUCACUUGCAUUCAGUUGAUAUUUGGAACGUUAUCGAAGCAUUCAGAGAAAAUGGUCUCAAUACAUUGGAGCCUCAAACUGAAGUUAAUGUUUCGAGACUUGAAAUGCUAAUUUCUAGUCUGUACCACAAUCUGAACAAGCGUCUUCCGUUAGCACAACAAGUCCAUGUGGAAUCUCUCACUAGUCUGUUGUUAAACUGGCUACUCUCUGCAUAUGCCAUUGAAACUCUCGGAAGAAUUAGAGUAUUCUCAAUUAAAGUGGCGUUGGCUACCAUGUGUGCGGGGAAGUUGAUGGAUAAGCUAAGAUACAUUUUCUCCCAGAUUUGUGAUGGCAAUGGACACAUGGUGGCCUGGAAGUUCUCUGAGUAUCUAAGAGAAGUUCUCUGUCUCCCAGCUGCUGUGUAUGAAUCUCCCAGCUUCAGCUUCAAUGACAACCUUGCAACUGAUAUAUUCUCUGGGAAUGGCAAAGUGACUGUGAACGACUUCAUGGACACCAUGAUGUCUGACCCAGGACCACAUUGUUUGGUUUGGUUCCCUCUACUGCAUCGGCUGACCAGCGUUGAGAGUGUUGUACACCCGACUGUGUGCGAUGCUUGCCAGAGAGAGAACUUUUCAGGGUUUCGCUAUAGAUGUCAGAAAUGUCACAGCUUUCAGAUGUGUCAGGACUGCUUCUGGAGAGGCAGAGUGUCUUCGUCCCACACAAUUGAGCAUGAAGUUAAGGAAUACACUUCUUAUAAAUCCCCAAGUAAACAGAUUGGUCAUUCACUGCGAAAAUCAUUCCGAUGUGUUCCUGAAAAAGGCAAAGCAUCACACCCACGAUUCCCAGACGAACCUGAAAAGACAAUCAACCUUUCCCAUAUUGUGCCUCCAUCUCCUCUUCCAUCCCACAAUGGGUUCCCAGAUGCGUACGGAACUUCACCCUACGAUGUUGGUUCUCUUGAUAGCAGAUCUACUGCGAGAAGUCCAGGAAAGUAUACCGGAAGCCUGGACUCGUCCCGGAUGGAUGAUGAACACAAACUGAUUGCUCGAUACGCCGCAAGACUGGCUGCUGAGUCCCGGAAUAGUCAGGGUCGCACAGCUUCUGAAGCAUCGCUGGGCCUGGACACUUCUCGAGCACAGAGAGAGCUCAUUACCCAGCUGGAGGCCAAGAACAGAGAGAUCAUGAGGGAGAUUGCACGACUGCGCAGGCAACAAGAGCUGGAGGUGGGACUAGAGGAGAACCCAGCACUGAUGUCUGAGCUGCGAGCUCUGAGGCAACGUAAGGAUGAGCUGGAGACUCAUCUCACAUCACUGCAGGACUCUCGCAGACAUCUCAUGGUGCAGCUAGAGGGACUCAUGAAACUACUCAAGAACCACCAAGCGUCGCCCAGGUCUACCCCCAACUCAUCGCCCCGCUCCACCAAGUCUCCCCCACCAUCCUCCAGGUCAGCUCCCCCCACCCCUGGCUCUGUCAUGUCGGGAGCAGAACCACCGUCUCUUACCAAUGAUGUGCGCUCUGCAUUCGGCGGCUCAGCUUCUUUACUGGGAUCAUCCAACAACUGCCUGGCAGGAGGAGGUGGCAGUGACGGAGGUAACCGUAGCCUCAGAAGUGACUUGCUGGUGGCCGCGGACUCUGUCACUUGCGCCAUGUCUACUCUCGUCCGAGAACUCAAUUCUGAAGGAUCAGACCAAGAAGAUAAUCAAGACCAAGGAAACAUAAGGAAACCCCUAGAAUUGGACGGACAAGUGGUGGAAGACAGAUGGGGGGCUGAGCUUUGCAGUAGAUAUGACCAGGAGGCUCAGUUCUUGAACAACAGAUCCGAGUUUGAUAAUAUGAAUGACUAUGGGAAUGACUCCAACCAUCUCCAGCAGAACCAGGGUAGAAUGAGAGAUGGGGAAGAGAAUGGUGAACUCGAUGAAAUGCUACAAAUGAAUGGAAGAAGACGAUAAUUUCUUUACCGUAAAUUGAAUUCAUACCAUAUUACCAUAAUCAAUUCUAUUGCCAUGUACAUAUGCUUUUUAUGUAUCUAUAUAGUUUUGAAUUGUAUAUUACAAUGCAAAUACUUCUUGUACAUUAAUUAGUUCCUAUUGUUAUACAAUUUAUCUACCAAAGAUUCGGAUUGUAAGGGUUAUGAUCAAACUUAUUUUAAGUUUUUGUACACCUGUUCUUUAGGGCCUGUUUGUUAUUUUUUACAUUGUUUGUUAAUUUACUAUGACAUAUCUAUGCUAACGCGUCUUUUAGUUAUUUAUUUUUAAACUUUACUUUUAUGGUGGUUUUAUCAUUUUGUUUUCAAAGAAGUUGAUUUUUGUGUUGACCAUAUGGGAGCGUGUAAUAAAAUAGGUUCAAUGAAAUCACUGAAUAAUCCCUUUAGCUCAAAUGGUUGGGUUGACAAAGCAUUCUUAUCAUGCAUCUUUUUUAUUUUCCCAAGGUGGAAAAUCCCAAUAACAACACCCCUGCCGCAGCAAACCUACAGACUAAGCGAAUUUCCAUUCACCUGGCUGGAUUUCCACUAAAAUCUUCACUUGAGAUUGUCAGUUUUAUUUUAUUUUUGAAUAACAUUAAUUUUUAAUGAGUAAUUAGUUUUGCUGCUACAAGGGAAGGUAGGCUAAUAAGAUGUUUUUUUAAUGUUGAUAGCUUUUUUUCUCAAGACGCUAGGCACGAGCCUGGAAUUGUUUUUCACAUUACUUCAGGCUAGACCUAGAAGUUGCGGCAUUAUCACUUGGAUAAAAUCAAUUGAUGACUUGGCGGGAUUUGAACCUGGGACUUCAGAGACCGAAGUGAACAGUUUAUUUAUCCUCCAUAAGAAUAACGAGGGAAUUUUUAAUUAUUUUAUUUUAUUCUUUUAGCAACCGUUAGGCAUACAACGGCUUCAAUAUACAAGACUAAAAUAUUAUUAUAAUUUUUUUUUGUUUUGAUUUACUUAAUAGUUAUAGUAAAAUUUGAUGUUAUGGGGGUAAAGAAUGGGGAAAACCAAUUUCCACCACAUAAUGAAUUAUGAAACGUUUGGCAAAUAUGCUCUAACGUACAAUUAAUUUCAACAGGAAAAGUUAUAUAUUUUUUAAGUGUCUCUCUACACAUUACCUGUUUUCAUUUCGUACAAAUUAUUAUGUAUCAGAUACCACUGUAUCUGUUGAUGUUUUAAUGUUUAAGUUUGUUUAAAAAGUUAAAAAGUAUUUUUACUAUGACAAAUAUUACCUACGAACUAGCUUAAUUUGUACAUACUUUACAUGAAUUAUAUAAGCUAAAAUACCUGUCUAAAAGUAAAUACUGUAUCUUAUAUGUAUGAUGGAUCUGUAUAAAUUGUAAGUACUUCUGUAAUGUUAUAUUUAUUUUUAAAAUAUAUUGCAAAUAUGUGUGAUUUUAGUGUUAGUGGGCUUUUAGUCAUAAUUAUGUCUAUGGACUGUCAACUUAAAUGGCGUUUAUUUCCUUGUUAUUGCUGAUAUAAACCAUGAAAUAUUUUGAACUGAAGACAUGCUAUUUAAGUUGGAUACAAAUCUAUUGUUUCAGUAAAUAGUAAUAUUUCAUGAUUUUUUUCUAGUAUGUUUGCGGCUAUAAACAAAAUGUUUUUCAUCAAGUAUGUUACAAUCAAAAUAUAUCAUGAAAAAAUCUGUUGUAGCAUUAUUAAUUAUUAAGAUGAGAAAUGAUUGUGGAAAUAUAAUAAAUUUACCUUCCUAAAAGAAA